UUUGCCUGCAAUCAUCCCUUCCAAACUCAGCGACCAUUCUCUGGGUUAAUUCAAUCUCCGAUUCUUCCGCCGUUUGCCCUACGAGCGGACAAUAUGUCUUCCCAUGAUGCGAUCCCGGAGACUCCUCGAGUCACUUCGCCUUCGCCUACUCCUUCAGAAAGCAGGUCGCGAUCCAGGGACGGAUAUUCUGCCCCCACAACUCGCUCUGCAGCGCGACGACAGCGACUAGUAGAUGUAUCGGAGGAAAGCAAUAAUGAGCGGGAGUCGGGAUCAGGGCGCUCGCGAACUCGUUCUGGAAGUCCGACUGGUCCCUCAGGAUCAACUAGACAAAGGAAGCGGAAAUCCAACCCGAUGCAGCCUGCAAAAAGCCCUGAACCACAGACAAACGGCGGAGCGAAAACCAAUGGUUUCUUAUCGCCGCUUGCGAAGGCUGACGGCAUCGCGCAUAGUAUCUCCCGAUCCCCCUCCCCUAUGGGGCUUAUUCCUCUUCAUACACGCUAUCGCAACUUUAUCCAUCGGCACGAAAUACCGCGCAAGGUCCUCCACGUGUCAAUCGGCUUCUUCACUCUUCAUUUGUACAGCCGUGGUAUUCAAACAACCCAAAUCACUCCUUGGUUGUUCGGGGCCCUAGUACCAAUAGCAGCAGUGGACUUUGUUCGUCACCGCUCAGAGACAAUCAAUAAGCUUUACAUUCGCUGCGUCGGAGCGCUCAUGCGGGAAACCGAAGUGAAAGGGUACAAUGGUGUGAUCUGGUAUUUGCUCGGCGCAUACGCGGUCUUGCGCUUUUUCCCCAAGGAUGUAGGAGUCAUGGGCGUACUGCUCCUAAGUUGGUGCGACACCGCAGCUUCCACCUUCGGUCGUCUCUACGGCCGACACACGUUCCAGCUGCGCAAAGGGAAGAGCUUUGCUGGAACUUUGAGCGCGUGGCUCGUUGGAGUAGUUACUGCCGCUGCCUUCUGGGGCCUCUUCGUACCCAACGUCGGUCCUUUCCCCACCGACCCAGAAGACGCAUUCAUGUUCACCGGCCGUCUCAACCUCAUCCCAGACACAGUCAAAAAUCUUAUCGGCUGGACAACGGACACUGUUAUCUCGGGCCCUCUGGCGCUCGGAGUUAUGAGCGUUGUCUCCGGCCUGGUAGCAGCUGGCAGCGAGUUCGUGGACCUUUUCGGCUGGGAUGAUAAUUUCACCAUUCCCAUCUUGAGUGGAAUAGGUUUAUGGGGCUUUUUAAAGGUCUUUGGUUGAAUAUUUGAAGAAUACCAUCUCCGGCGUUUGUCUUGGUUUCUCUUUCUUUUCUACAUUUCAUACCUUAUCUUGUAUCAACUAGGGAUCUAGAAUCCGAUGGACAGCGAAACGGUGAUACCUUUUUUGUUUCGCACUGCGAAUCCUUCUUUUGAACGAGUCCAUUUGUCUAU